AUGACGGGUGUUACAAGGACAAGCGUAUCGCUGCUGCGUGCAGCCUCUACGACCUCAGCUGCCGCAUCUAGCAGCCGGGUCGCUGUUGCUGUGGCCCGCAGAAGCGUCGCUCCGCUCGCACGAUCCAUGAUGACGGCGUCAACGUCUGCACUGCGUGCUUCUGCGCUGACACGUGCAUCCCCCGUUCUCUCGAUGCAGAGGCGAACGAUGUUCAUCCAGACCGAGUCGACACCCAACGAGGACUCGCUCAAGUUCCUGCCCGGUCGACAGGUGAUGGAGUCGGGCACGCACGAGUUCCUCGACACACGUGCUUCCAUGGCCUCGCCACUCGCCAAGAAGCUGUUCAACAUCCCCGGUAUCGUCGGCGUCUUCUACGGUCCUGACUUUGUCACAGUCAGCAAGGAUGCAGAGCACCAGUGGUCGACGCUCAAGCCCGAGAUCUACUCGAGCAUCAUGGAAUUCUUCACCGCCGGUCACCCGCUCUUCACCGACCCCGAGUCGUCGCACGGCUCGAGCGACACCGUGAUCCUCGAGACAGACUCGGAGGUCGUGGCGAUGAUCAAGGAGCUUCUCGACACGCGUGUGCGGCCGGCGAUUCAGGAGGACGGAGGUGACCUCGAGUACCGUGGAUUCGGAGAAGACACGGACGGAAUCGUAAAGGUCAAGCUCAAGGGAUCCUGCCGUGGGUGCGACUCGUCUACGGUCACCCUCAAGUCCGGCAUCGAACGAAUGCUCAAGCACUACAUCCCUGAGGUCAACGGUGUCGAACAGGUGCUCGACCCAGAGGAGGAAAUCGCUCUCGACGAGUUUGCCAAGCUCGAACAGAAACUCGAAAAGGACCGCAAGAAGGAGCGCGACAUGGGAUUCUCGCUCUGA